AUGGACCUUACCCUCCUCCCUAUCGUCCUCCUGUCAACGCCCGACUCUGCCUCCAUCUCACCGUUACACACAUUCGCCGCUCUUCACGGACGACCCAAAUACCUUUCCUUCCUCCUCUUAUGUCUCGGCAUGCAAACCCCUUUAUCCCCAUCGGCACUGUGUAAUGCAGAAUACCCCGCCUGCGCGGCCAUGACGACAGGGUACAUAUUCCGCGUCGAGAAUCAGGCUGUUGUGAUGCUUUUACAGCGUAUCGGAAGGACGGGGCAUUUGGUUACCCUUAAGGUUGAACCCGAAUCCUCCCCCUCCACGACGGGUACGGGUGCAGGAUCGAAAUCGGCACGAGGAGUCUUGGGAUUGGGAUCGGCGUUAGAGAUAUUGACCUUUCUCCCUCCCCUCUUCCUUCUUCACUGGCUGGUCCUUCACCCAUCCGACGUCUAUCUCCUUCUCAGCACACUUCUCCUCCUGACAUCGCGCCUUCUCUUCAUCUUAUCGCUCCGCGUAAGAACUCAACCAUCAUGGCACGGCGUGUUCGAACCAGGUGCGAAAGGAGACUUGCUCGUCCUCAUGUCCGAGGACCGCUGGAUCCGCAUGCAAGGAUUGGUCGACGAUCUCAAGGCCGUGACGAGUGGGAGUUGGCUUGUCCGCUCACGCAAUCACUUCCUGGUAGACGGCGCAGAGUGGGUUUCCAGAUUCCUUGUGUACAUUGCGACAAUUGCCCUGGUGAACGCGAGGGAUGAAGGGAAAAUACUCCUCACGCUGUGUGUGACGAUCAAUCAUGUAUUGUUGUUAAUGCACAAUUCUCGCGUGGAAGAGAUGAGUAUGAAUGGACGCAGGAUCAGGGUUCAAGAGGGAGGAGUCAAGAAAUAUAAGCGGAGGCUGGAUAUGGCGGAAGAACUUGUCGAGGAAGUGGGAAGGAGUGAUUUUGCGGUGAGAUUGGGGUUGGUAAAUCCAAACAAUAACUCAUCAGCAUCAGCAGAGGCAAAGGAAUCAGGCAUCAAGAGACAGGGGAAAGAGAAGGGGAACGAUCCGGACAACGAGGUGGUUACGAUGUGA